AGUGUGGGGCUGGGAGGGGCUGCGUCGGGGCCUCUUUGUGAGAUUGGAGGGCUCGGGCACCGCUCUGGGAGUUUGGGGUGCUAUGGGGGUGAGCUGAGGGGCUCCUUUGGGGGCCUUUCUGUGACCCUGGAGUGCUGGGGCCGGAGAGCUCUGGGAUUGCUCUGUGAGUUUGGGAGGAGGCUUGGUGACCCUUCUGAGCUUGAAAUGCUUUCUGUUUGAUGCGGGGACUGAGUGGGACGGCUUGAGGGCCCCUCAAAUGAGUCUGCAGAUUUUAAAUGCAGAAAAUGGAGAAAAUGGAGGAAGCAUUAAGGAUGAUUUAACAGCGGAAGACUGCGGCUUUUUCUUUGUGCCGCCGGAACCGACGGGCAGACCUUCUAUCCUUCGCCUGUCCCAGAAGGAAAACUUGCCACCAAAAAGUGUGGGAAAAGCGAUGAAGGUAACCUUUCAAACUCCUCAAAGAGAUCCUCACACUCGAAAAAUCCUGAGUCCUGCUAUGGCAGACAAACUUCAGACUGCUUUUGCACUUGACGACUGCCGUGAAGAUGUGGCGGAUGAUGUUUUAUUUGCAGCCUCUGAUGCUGACACAUGUCAACAAAAGACUGAAGCUGAAACAAACAAUACACAAAUGCCAGAGAAGGUUAGUGUGGCUCCUUACCCAGAUGAUGAAAUGCCAGUGAAGAGUCGAGGUUCCUACAAUCUUGAUUUUGAUAACUUAAAUGACAUUAAUCCUUUUCAAAGUUCAGUACAGUUGCCUCAUUCUCCUGGAAAUCUAAAAAAGUCUCCUGUGAAAGUAUCCAGCAGCCCUGAGAAAACUAUUGAAAAAAGUAAUGAUUCUCUCCUGCGGGAUGAUGCAGUUCCUUUUGCUUCAACCACAGCAAGUACAGAGUGUUUAAGUGAAGACAAGGCUCUCAUCUCUGAAAAACAAUCUGCACUGAGUGAGCUGGAGUCUAACAAAUCCAAACUGUCCCCUAAGCAAGCAAUUGGUGACUCUGAGCAGGAUGUGAAAUCUGCUUCCACGGAUGCAAGCCAAACUGAUAAUUCAGUGGUGUUAGCAGAGGCACCUACACCUCCUCUACAGUCACCUGGCAACUUAGGGCCUGGUGUUUCUGAUGUAAGCAAAACUGGGGAAUCAAAGCUUCAGAAUGUUUCAGUAGCAGAAAAAGCCUCUGUGCGAGAGUCGAAGCCUGAUGAAGAGCUGGGUGUCUCCAAAGGGAAACCUGCAGAAAAGCCUGAUGUCACCAAGGCUGGACCAGUAAAACUGGAAUUUGACUUUGAUAAUACCGCUGCUAGAAAACCACCUCCUAAGAAACUAGGUAAAAGACCUGGAAUUAAGCCACCUUCCAAAAAAAUCCCUAUUACCAAAACAAAAACGGAGAAUACUGAAGUGCAAAACAAAAGUAAUGUGGAAGAUGAAAUCCCUCUUCCUAAAGCAUCUUAUAAGUUUGACUGGGACAAACUUGACGAUCCAAACUUUAAUCCGUUUGGAGGAGGCUCUAAAAUUUCCACCUCACCCAAGCGUUCUAAACCCAGCCCUCAGAAAACUCACCUGCCAGAGGAAGAGGAGAGGACCUCACCAAGAAGGGAACCACUUCCAGUGGAGCAGGAUAACAGGCCAAGUGCCUGUGAAACUCUUGAGAAAGAAGAACCCAAAAAUCUGGAAAUUGUUGAGCAGAGUGUGGUAGAAGACAUGCCAAAAGCUCGAGAAGAGAAGCCAGGAGUCCAAGCAGAAGCUGAACUUCCAGGAAAAGGAGAAGUGGAGAAGGAAAUGAGCCCAUCUAAAAUGUCUCCAGCUAAUGCUACCCCCUCUCAAGAUGAUUUGGUUUCCACUGACAGAGAAGAAAAGUCAAUGUCUGCAGAAGAAAUUAAACCUAGUUCCCCCAAAACUGAAGUAACAGCAGAUGAGACAGCUAAUGCUGAACCUGAAGAGCUCUUCAGACCAUCAUCAGAAGUUUUUGGAAUGGGCAUAGACUAUCUGGAACAGUUUGGGUCUUCAUCAUUUAAAGAAUCAGCCUUGAGAAAACAGUCACUGUAUUUGAAGUUUGAUCCUCUGUUGAGAGACAGUCCAAGAAAACCAAUUUGUGGUGCUGUUGAAUUAAGUGAGACUAUUGUGACACCUCCAUCUCAGCCUGGUCCUGUUGCUGAUUUAAGUAACAUCGUUGAGGAAGCUGGAAAGCCUCUUGUGAGUCUUCAGAGUGAAGAAAAACCAAAAGGACUAGAUCUUCUGGGGACAUUUACAACUUCUGAUGUUGGUCCCCUGAUUCCAGACUCCCUGAGUAGUGAUGUGACUCCAGUUCCUUUUGCCACUUCCACAAACACUGCAGUGGAUGCUAUUAUAGAUGUACUAAAAUACAGCCAAAAAGACAUGGAUGCAGCUGUUGAGGUGGUGAAGAGAGAGGUUCAAGAGAAAGAGCUGGAGAUUGAGAAAUGGAGUAAGAAGUAUAAUAAGCUUCAUAUGGAAUACAAGGAAAUGGGAAAAAUAGUUGCUGAAUUUGAACAGACAAUAACACAAAUUAUGGAUGAUGCUCAGAAGCAGAAGGAAAUCUCGAGGAAAGAAAUACAGAAGCUAAUGGAAGAGAAGCAGCAAGCUAUUUCAGAUCUGAACUCUAUGGAGAAGUCCUUCUCUGAACUCUUCAAACGACUUGAAAAACAGAAAGAUGCAUUAGAGGGUUACCACAGAAAUGAAGAAGUUCUGAAGAAAUGUGCAGAAGAUUACUUGGCUAGAAUUAAAAAAGAAGAGCAGAGAUAUCAAGCACUCAAAGCACAUGCUGAAGAAAAGCUGCAACAAGCCAAUGAGGAAAUUGCCCAGGUUCGCAGCAAAGCCAAAUCAGAGACUGCAGCACUUCAAGCCACUCUCCGCAAAGAACAGAUGAGGAUCCAGUCUUUAGAGAGGAGCCUUGAACAAAAGACUAAAGAAAAUGAUGAAUUAACAAAAAUCUGUGAUGACUUGAUCUUGAAGAUGGAAAAAAAUUGAUAUCUUAACUGUCUUGUAAAUAUGUUUAUUUUCUGACUUGCUGUCUUGUGCGUUCACUCACUUUUUUUAUGUAUGUGGAGAAAAAUAAAAUUCUUGAUUCACACUUGUCUUCCA